AUGGCACAGCAUGCUGGCACUUUCUACAGCAUAGAGGGGCCAAGUGGCUAUGGCCUGGUGACCCUGGGCAGGAUGCCUGCCCUCAGCCCUCAGCCCCCCUCUGGGCCCCGUCUGGCCCCUCAUGCGCUUGUUGCCCGAGUCUUCUUUGAUGUGAGGAUCGGAGACAAAGAUGUUGGCAGAAUCGUGAUUGGCCUCUUUGGAAAGGUUGUGCCCAAGACUGUGGAAAAUUUUGUCGCUCUGGCCACAGGCGAGAAAGGCUACGGAUAUAAAGGAAGCACAUUUCAUCGCGUCAUCAAAGAUUUCAUGAUUCAAGGAGGAGACAUCACCAGUGGGGACGGCACUGGCGGUAUAAGCAUUUAUGGUGAGACAUUUCCAGAUGAGAACUUCAAACUGAAGCAUUAUGGCAUCGGGUGGGUCAGCAUGGCCAACGCUGGGCCUGAUACCAAUGGCUCUCAGUUCUUCAUCACCUUGACCAAGCCCACCUGGUUGGACGGCAAACAUGUGGUAUUUGGAAAAGUCCUUGAUGGAAUGACAGUGGUCCACUCCAUAGAACUGCAGCCAACUGAUGGGCACGACCGUCCGCUCACCGACUGCACCAUCGUCAGCAGUGGCAAGGGAAGUUCAGAACAUCAGCCACUCAGUGUUUACUUUGCAUGAACUGCAGUAAAUCACUUGCCUUGGGACUUUGCACUUAGAAGACAUAGUCCUCUUUCUCCAAUGGUGCUAUUUUUAAACUAGAAGACUUUGGAUGAUCUCUUUUCUUUCUAUGAGCACAAUCAUUAUUCUGCUGAAUUAAAUGUGAUCCUCAGGUUGAGGGAUGCUGAAGAUUUGUCUGAAGAAGAUGGGGACAUGAAGUUUGUUUUUUUACAUUCAAACAAAUUCUCUGCAGGUAAAGAGAGAUGUGACUAGUGCAAUCAGAUAUAUGUCAUCGGGACUUUUACCUGGUGGAAGGUGCUUCUGUGUUCUCUAUAUUAAAUGCUUUUUACAUAGGUCAAU